AUAUAGUAUUAUUUUGACGAAUUAUUUUUUUACAUCCCUUCUGGUGAUGUAGAGUUUGUUUCAAUGAAGGUCUCAAGAAACUCAUCUCACUUUUGGGACCAGAAACCCAACAAGAGAAGCUGAAGACAAUCUGGAAAAUUCUUAUGGUAGAUUUCCACAUUAUGGAAUGUUUACAGGUAUGGAGCAUGUAUUGAUGCAGCAAUCACUGGCAUAAAUGCCUCCUCCCUUGAUGUAACUCUAGGUGAUUCCUUUUGUAAGUUGCUGUAAUUAGUUCACAAAUGUUUUGUAUGGGAGUCCUUCUAAUGGUCUAUGGUUCCGAGUAGCAAUUGGCUAUACAUGCUUUCUACAAUACAGAUUAAAUAUAUAAAAGAUUUCUUUUCCUUGUUUCAUUUUAGAUUUCUCCCAACUCAUUUGUGGUUCAUUUCUGGUAAUGCUGCUUGCUCUUUGUCAACUAAUGAAUAAUGGAAACUUUCUGAAUAAUCUCAGCUUUCAGCCUUUUAAGUCAGUUUGCAAUAUGACGUGCAGCUCAUUUCAUAAUAGAUUGUGACAAUUAUUGAUUCUUUUGUGGAUCUUCCACUCUCAUUUAGUCAUUUUCUUUCGUGGUGGUGUCUCAUUUACUAUUUUUUUAUCGGCAAAGAUCUCAUUAACUUUGUCUUUCUCAUUUUGCUUUGUGCACUCACCAACACUUCUGUUACUCUAGGCCUGCAGUAAUCAUAGAGACUCCUUUAUUGUUAAGGGAUUCAUGAGUUAAAGUGUAAUGGAAAUUGGGAAAGUAGUUAAUGUAGGCCUUAUGUGUUUCUGUUAUAUUCACACAUCCAAGGUAAUAUCGUGUGAUAUUGUGUGUUGCUGUCUAUUCCUCCUGGAUGUUAUAUAUUGCUUUUUGAAAUUUAUUUUCCAUUUAGCCUACAUGGGAUUAGCACUCUUCUUUUAGUCGUCGUAAUUCUUAUUUGUUCUUUUUGAAAGCCUCUCAAGUGUUUUAUUGAUUUCAUCUCCUUUGACGUUUUUGAAGGAUCACUGCAGAAAUGGGGAAAACUCACCUUAUCACUAAGUGGCAUAUAGUUUGGUUGCCAUAAACAGUUUACCUAGUUGUAUAUUGCUUUUAGGCACUCAGGCACUUGUGGUACUACUGCAGAAGAGAUAUCAAGAUGCCAGCUGCUUGUUCUUGAGAUGCUUGUCAAUUGUUGAGUUGAAGUUCCUCUUGCUUUGAACUGACAAAAGAGUGACUAUUGCCUCUGUCUAGCUAUUCAUGCUCUUCAGAAAGGAAUUCUUGAGGUUUGGAAGAUGAGAACCAGACCGACUGGCAGAUGUGAUUACAUUAUUCUCUACCCAAUAAGAGAAAUUAAGAAAGUUGUAUUAAUCAAAUAAUAUUUUGUUUCCAUCCCCUCUCUGGUCAUGUAGAGUAUGCUUCAAUGAUGGUUUAUUGGAUUGUGUGUUGAAGCAGCAGUCACUAGCAUAAUGCUUUAAUUUGUAUUCUGAUUGGAGAUAGACAUUCACAUACUCAAAUCAAUUUCUCUUAAAUAGAAUGCCUUAUAUUUUCUAUUUUGUUCUAAUCAAAAUACUCAAAAUUU